AUGCACACGUAUUAUAACCUUGACCCACUCGACCUGUAUUCAACCAAUGCUCCGGCACUUCAUCCCAAAUGGUCCCUGCCUAUACAGCAAUUAACUGUUGGGGAUAAAAUUGGCGGAGGUACUUUUAGUGAAGUAUGGUCUUUGAUCCGUGCAGAUAUUCAGAACGAGGAAGGGGUAGCCGUAUCUUUUGUGGCAAAGGUAGCAAAGAGACCACGAAUUAUGAUCACCUCAGAAGACGAGAGAAAGGACUACGAAAUCGUUGAGAGAGCUAGAACAGAAGCUCGACUCAUGCGAGAACUAAGCCAUCCUCACAUUCUCAAAUGCUACGGUGCUUUUAUAAACAUAGAAAGUGUGAUAAUUAUAUGUGAAAUGGCUGAGAAGGGUGAUUUAAGUGCAAGGCAGUAUACGGAAGGGGAAACCAAGGACUACGUUAGACAACUCCUUAAAGCAUCACAUUAUAUGCACUCACGCAACGCCUUGCAUGGUGACCUGAAGCCAGAGAACCUGCUAAUUCGGGUGAGGAGGAGACAGGCUGCAGCUUCAAGCAGAAUUAUUGAGAAUGAUGUACUUGUAGCAGGCGACUUUGGCAGUGCUGCUAAACUCGACGGAACUGAAGAGAAGAAAAUUAGAGGAACUCUAGGUUACAUAGCUCCAGAACAGUUCAAGGGACAGUGCACGACAAAGUCAGACAUGUGGUCCGUCGGGUAUGAGCAACGACGCAUUUGA